CAGCAGCCUCCUGUCAGGAGAACCACCUAAAACACCUGAGAUACCUUAUAGAGUCCAGCAGAUAUGAGGAGAUCAGUACCCUACAACUCCAGAUGGGCAGAGAGAAGAUCCACAGUGGUUUAUGCGGUCCGCUCAGCCACCUUUGGCUCCUGGAGGAUGCUGACACUGGGGGCAGACUAUGUGGACACCUGGGUUCAGUCACCCGACAGGAGGCGGGAGACUUUAAAGCGAGCUGAAGUGGACCAGACCCCCGCUGAGAAGACGGAGGCUUAUACAGAGGAGCCCGCUGAGCCGUCAUGGAGAACCAUCCAUGAAGGAAUCAGCCAAGGAGAUGACACAGUUUUAACCUUAGAUGGAGUAAGCAGAGCGGCAACAAGAGAUGGUGUUCACAGAGCUUUGUGGAGGCACGACACGCUGAACCACUCCCCGCUGACCCAAAGAAUGGCUCGCUUCGCUGACGAUCUACCCAGCCGCUAUGGAGGGAGCACGGUCGGCGGAGGGAGAGGCGGACCGGGCGCCGGGAGAGGGGGCGCCCGGGGCGGCGGCGCAGGAGGCGCAGGCGGCGGCGGUGCCCAGAGGAUGUACAAGCAGUCGAUGGCUCAGAGAGCCCGAACCAUGGCUAUUUACAACCCGAACCCCGUCAAGCAGAACUGCUUCACUGUCAACCGAUCCCUGUUCAUCUUCCGAGAGGACAACCUCAUCAGGAAGUAUGCAAAGCGAAUAACAGAGUGGCCUCCAUUUGAGUACAUGAUCCUGGCAACUAUUAUCGCCAACUGUAUCGUCUUGGCAUUGGAGCAACAUCUACCUGCAAGUGACAAAACGCCAAUGUCGGAACGCCUGGACGACACAGAGCCCUACUUUAUUGGAAUAUUCUGUUUCGAGGCCGCCAUUAAGAUCAUCGCCCUGGGCUUCGCGUUUCACAAAGGCUCCUACCUCCGCAACGGCUGGAAUGUAAUGGACUUCGUGGUCGUACUCACAGGCAUCCUGGCCACGGUGGGUUCAGACUUUGACCUGAGAACUCUGCGAGCCGUUAGAGUGCUGAGGCCCCUAAAACUGGUGUCAGGGAUUCCUAGUCUCCAAGUUGUCCUGAAAUCCAUAAUGAAAGCCAUGGUGCCGCUGCUUCAGAUCGGCUUGCUGCUCUUCUUCGCCAUCGUCAUGUUCGCCAUUAUCGGGGUGGAGUUCUACAUGGGGAAGUUCCAUCAGUCCUGUUUCAAGCCUGGCGCUGAAAGAGUGGUUGACUGGCCAUGUGGUUCCGAGUUACCAGCCAGGACUUGCCCCAAUGGCACUGUUUGCCAGGAAUACUGGACCGGACCUAAUUUUGGCAUCACCAACUUUGACAACAUCCUGUUUGCAGUGCUGACAGUGUUCCAGUGCAUCACAAUGGAAGGCUGGGUGGACAUCCUCUACAGUACUAACGAUGCAGUGGGAAAUAACUGGAACUGGCUCUACUUCAUUCCUCUCAUCAUCAUCGGUUCUUUUUUCAUGCUCAACCUGGUGCUUGGUGUCCUGUCAGGAGAAUUUGCCAAAGAGCGAGAGCGAGUGGAGAAGAGGCAAGAGUUCCUAAAGCUUCGCCGACAGCAGCAGAUCGAGAGGGAGCUCACUGGAUAUCUGGAGUGGAUCUGCAAAGCGGAGGAGGUGUUGCUUGAAGAAGAGGAUGAGAUUGCUGAUGAGAAGUCCCCGCUGGAUGGUGCGUGGUACAAAAGGAAACAAAACCUUUCAGUUCUGAAACGAGGCAAAAUCAAGAAGGGCAAAAACGACCUGAUUGGUGCUGAGGAAGGCGAGGAUCCCUUUGCUGACAUGUCUUCUGCUGUUCCACCCGGUUCUCCUUUUGGGCGAGCCAGCGUGAAAAGCGGUGGAAAGAUGGACAGCUCAACUUACUUCCGGCGUAAAGAGAAAAGGUUCCGCUUCUUCAUUCGGCGUAUGGUGAAAGCCCAAAGUUUCUACUGGAUUGUCCUGUGCUUGGUGGGUCUCAACACUCUCUGUGUGGCCAUCGUACAUUACGACCAACCUGAGUGGCUGACCAGAGCUCUCUACACAGCAGAAUUGGUUUUUCUGGGCUUAUUUCUAACGGAGAUGACUUUGAAGAUGUACGGCCUUGGAGCGAGAAAUUACUUCCACUCAUCCUUUAACUGUUUUGAUUUUGGGGUUAUCGUAGGAAGUAUUUUUGAGGUAAUCUGGGACCUGAUUAAACCGGGAGCAUCGUUUGGGAUCAGUGUGCUGAGGGCCUUAAGACUCCUAAGGAUUUUUAAAGUCACCAAAUACUGGAACUCGUUGAGAAAUCUUGUUGUUUCCCUCCUCAACUCCAUGAAGUCCAUCAUCAGCUUGCUCUUCCUUCUUUUCCUCUUCAUCGUGGUCUUCGCUUUGCUUGGCAUGCAGCUCUUCGGUGGACAGUUUAACUUUGAAGACGAGACACCAACAACAAACUUUGAUACCUUCCCAGCAGCCAUCCUCACUGUGUUCCAGAUUCUGACUGGUGAGGACUGGAACGCCGUCAUGUACCAUGGCAUUGAGUCUCAAGGAGGUGUUCGACGUGGAAUGUUUUCCUCCAUCUACUUCAUCGUCCUCACACUUUUUGGAAACUAUACUCUCUUGAAUGUCUUCUUGGCCAUUGCUGUGGAUAAUCUCGCCAAUGCCCAGGAGCUGACUAAGGAUGAAGAGGAGCAGGAGGAGGCAGCCAACAAGAAGCUAGCUCUGCAGAAAGCUCUGGAAGUAAAAGAAGUCAGUCCGAUGUCAGCUGCUAACAUUUCCAUCGCUGCUUUUGUAAAGCAAAAUCGAGAUGCGCUCUCUCGCAGGUCGUCCGUCACCAGCAUUCAGUCACCGAGUUAUACAGUCUACUACACCCCCACUCGACAUAUCUUGAAAUACAGUAAGGAGCAGCAGCGGUCUGCAAAGACCAUGUCUGUGUGGGAGCAGCGGACCAACCAGCUGAGGAAGCACAACAUGAAGACAAGCACCGAGGCUCUGUUCAAUGAGCUGGAUCCCGAGGAGAAUCUGAGGAUUUCCAGCACGCUCCAUCUGCAUCCUGACAUGACGACUCACAGCGACCGACCGCUGGUUGUGGAGGACAAGAAUGGUGAUCAGACCAAAGCUGGUGUGCAGCAGGAUGCGGGAGGGCCCCGACAAGGCACUGUGAGGGACAGCUUCCACACUCACUCCAGGAGGCAUUACCACCACCGAGACAGAAAUGGGGAAGGAGGCGACAGCCAGGGAGGUAGGCACCACAGUCAUCAUAGCCGCAGCAGAGAACAUAACGGAAAUGGUUCCCAGGACAAAGAGAGGUCCGGAAACCAUGAAGGACAGAGACACCACCACCAAACUGGUUCGCCUGAGGAAGAUGCACGCCCAGGAGGAGGAGGAGGAGAGGAAAGAGGGCAUCGCCACCACCGCUCGCGUCGGACUCUGAAGGAAGGAAACGGGCGUUUGACAAAUGGAGCACAAGAAGAGGGGAAAGGGAGAGGGGACAGCAAUGGGGAGAAGAGGCUGCGCUCCACCCGUACGUCUAAGGCUCAGUUCACUCUGAGUGGGGACGAAUGUAAGGGGAACAAGAAUGGGUCCAAAAGUCACAGGGAUAGACAGGCGGAUACUGAGGAGGGCAGCCUUGCUGGAAGUCCUUUCCAGCUGAAGCGGAGUAGUUUAACUCCAAGUGAAAAGCAAGAGGAUGCUGACAACCAGAAGAACUCCACCAGGGCCAGCCAGGCUGGCCUCAACAGCAACGCUGUCCACAUCCCCGUGACUGUGACCGCCCCACCUGGAGAAACCACCAUCAUUCCUAUGAACAACAUCGAUUGUGACAACUUCCGGCUCAGUGAGGAGAAAAAAGAUCUGGAAGAGGAGGAGGCGGCUAACGGGCCUCGGCAGAUCCUUCCCUACAGCUCAAUGUUUAUCUUUGGACAAACAAACCCGGUGCGACGCCUGUGUCACUAUGUGGUCAACCUGCGCUACUUUGAAAUGUGCAUCCUGAUGGUCAUCACCAUGAGCAGCAUCACGCUAGCAGCCGAGGACCCGGUGCAGGCCAACGCUCCCCGGAACAACGUUCUUAAAUAUCUGGAUUAUGUCUUUACUGGAGUCUUCACGUUUGAGAUGGUGAUAAAGAUGAUCGACCUCGGGCUGCUCCUCCACCCCGGCUCUUAUUUUCGUGACCUUUGGAACAUCCUUGAUUUUAUUGUGGUCAGUGGAGCUCUGGUGGCCUUCGCCUGCUCGAGCCUCAUGGGAUCACAACAAAGUGUUGCCAGGGGAACGAAGGGAAAGGACAUCAACACCAUCAAAUCCCUCAGGGUCCUACGAGUCCUGCGGCCGUUGAAGACCAUCAAACGGCUGCCUAAGCUGAAGGCUGUAUUCGACUGUGUUGUGAACUCCCUGAAGAACGUUCUUAACAUCCUCAUCGUCUACAUCCUCUUCAUGUUCAUCUUUGCUGUUAUCGCUGUGCAGCUCUUCAAAGGCAAAUUCUUCUACUGCACCGAUGAGUCCAAGGGUCUAGAGAAAGACUGCAGGGGUCAGUUUUUGGAAUAUGAUCAUAAAGAAGUGACUGCUCAGCCCAGAGAGUGGAAGAAGUAUGAGUUUCAUUAUGAUAAUGUUCUCUGGGCUUUCCUCACGCUCUUUACCGUCUCCACCGGAGAGGGCUGGCCAUUGGUUCUGAAGCACUCUGUGGAUGCCACAUAUGAAGACCAGGGCCCAAGCCCAGGCUUCCGCAUGGAGACGUCCAUCUUCUAUGUGGUCUACUUCGUGGUCUUUCCUUUCUUUUUUGUCAACAUUUUUGUAGCUUUGAUCAUCAUCACCUUCCAGGAACAAGGAGACAAGGCUAUGUCGGAGUGCAGCUUGGAAAAAAAUGAGAGGGCUUGCAUUGACUUCGCCAUCAACGCCAGGCCGCUUACAAGAUACAUGCCAGAGAACAAGCAGUCCUUCCAGUAUAGGAUGUGGAAGUUUGUGGUGUCGUCACCUUUUGAGUAUGCCAUCAUGACUUUAAUCGCCCUCAACACAGUCGUGCUGAUGAUGAAGUUCUACGGAGCUCCGACGGUGUACGAGUCUAUGCUGAAAUACCUAAACAUCGUCUUCACUGGCCUCUUCACACUAGAGUGCAUCCUCAAGAUUAUUGCUUUCAAUCCACUGAACUACCUGAAGGAACCGUGGAAUGUGUUUGACUUUGUGACUGUGAUCGGAAGCAUCACAGACAUUUUGUUCACAGAGAUCAAUACGAACAAGAUGAUAAACUUGAGUUUUUUGAGGCUGUUCAGAGCAGCUCGUCUCAUCAAGCUGCUGCGACAGGGCUACACCAUCCGUAUCCUACUGUGGACCUUUGUUCAGUCCUUCAAGGCUCUGCCGUAUGUCUGCCUGCUUAUCGCCAUGUUGUUUUUCAUCUACGCCAUUAUUGGGAUGCAGGUGAGUGGUGUCAAUGACAUGCACCUCCUGAAUCAGUCUGGGUUCCUAAAUAUAAGGAUGUUAAAUCUGUUUGUGGCCGUCAUCAUGGACAACUUUGAGUAUCUUACUCGGGACGCCUCCAUCCUCGGGCCUCACCACCUCGAUGAGUUCAUCCGUGUGUGGGCUGAAUAUGACCCCGCUGCCUGCGGCCGCAUAAGUUACCGUGACAUGUACGAGAUGCUUCGCGACAUGUCUCCUCCACUAGGUCUGGGAAAGAAAUGUCCUCCCCGAAUCGCCUAUAAGCGACUGGUGAGAAUGAACAUGCCGAUCGCUGAUGACAACACAGUUCAUUUCACCUCCACGCUGAUGGCUCUGAUCCGCACCGCCCUCGAGAUCAAGCUGGCAUCCGGUGUCCUGGCGCAGCGUUUGUGUGACGCUGACCUGAAGAGGGAAAUCAACCGAGUGUGGCCAAACCUGCAGCAGAAGACUGUCGACCUGCUUGUGACGCCACAUAAAUAUAAUGAGCUGACAGUGGGAAAAGUCUACGCUGCUCACAUGAUCUUUGAUUACUACAAACAGAAUCGAGCAAAGAAACUCCAACAGCAGAACCCAUCUGGGAUCUCACAGAGUAAACUGAGCGCGUUGUUCCGUCCUGUGCUUCCCUUCACUCACUUACACGAGGCAGCGCCGCCAAUCAAACCACCUCCCCCACCAGACCCUGAGCCAGAACCCAAACCAGAAGUCCCACCCAGCACCACCAUCAACAGCUCCAGCAAACGUGCAACAGCGCUGAACCAGAGGAGCAACAUAAAACAUUCCCAGUCUGGAGAUUUUUCGCAGGCACCUCAGAGGCAUAAAGCCCGGCGGAGGCUGCAGAGAGGCCAGUCAGAGGAUGUGCCGUGCUCCACCAGAGCACAGGAGCAGCGGGCCGAUCCGAAGCCGGUGGAGAAUGUUUCAGACUCAGAGGGGUAUCCCAGCCUGGAGGGCCAUACCAGAGCUGCAUCUCUCCCUCGCCUAAAUGCCGAGUACCACCGGAGCCACCCUCGCCACGCCCCCGGGACCCACCUGGCACCAAUCGUUGAUCUCAGCCCAAUCAAACGCUCGCUGUCCUCGCUGACGCCACAGCGCCCCCAACAGGAGGCAGGUUUGAGGGACUAUGACCUGGAGCGGGUCGAUCAGAACCGGGUUCCUGCUAGCACGGAUCAGGGCCAGGGUCAGGAGAGAGCCCACCAUCAUCACCACCAUCACCGCUGCCAUCGACGCAGGGACAAGGACAAGAAACAGAAAUCUUUGGACAAUCCGUCCUCCGUUCAGCCGUCCAGAACAGCCGGGUCAUUUGAGGACCCGUCAGCUGAUGGUCUGUCCAGAGAACGAGCGAGGGAGCGGGACCGCAGUCGCCCUCACGAAAGGAGGCACCACUCCUCUGCUGGGGAGAAGCAGCGGUACUACUCCUGCGAGCGGUACGGCAGCAGGGAGCAUUGUCAGGCCAGGUCGGCCGGUCCGAGCCGGUCCGCAUCUCCAGGAGAGAGCCUAGACACUGGUCUUAUCAAACAGCAGGGAGGCUCUGUGGUGAAACUGUCUUCUGGUAACAACAUGCAUGGCCGUGGUCGUAGGCAGCUCCCGCAGACGCCGCUCACACCUCGCCCAGCUGUGGCCUACAAGACCUCCACCUCCUCGGCUCCUCCAUCCAGCGCCAGCACCUCCACGGCUGGGCCUCAGGCUCGCUUCUGCCGUGGCAUACCAGAGCACGACCGCCUGCUGGCGGGUCACGAAGAGUCUAAAACCCCAGUCACCUCCGUCAGUUCGGACUCUAACUCCAACAGGCAGCAGUUGGACUCCCCUCAGCAGGCCCUCCUUGAGGAGGGCGAGGACUUCCAGGACGCUGUGAGCAGCCACGGAGGGGGACACUCUUCCAGAAGCUCCGCUCCCACCUCGUCCUCGCAGGGUAGCGCUGCUACGCCCGUCACCGCAGCCGCCAUGCAGGGGCGGGCAGCGGGAGUUCCGAACGGGUACCACUUCACUCUGGGGUCUGCGUCGGGGCCCGGUAGCAGAGGAACAGCGGGUCUCAGGGAGCAGGAGGAGGAAGACUGGUGCUAGCUGAGUGGAAAGCUUUGAAAGGAUAACUAAAGGCUAAACAAGCGCCGCUGAGUGCUGACAUCGGCCGGGCCGAGGCCGGUCCGGCGGUAAGAGUCAGUGGACUGCGCUGUUGAAGAAGUUCACAGGUCAUUCCAGCUUUUUAGUGUCGAUCUCUUUACUGGAGAAGAAACACCUUUUUCUAUCCCGUUUUACUUGCACUGAGAUUAUAGCACACGUGAAGACCCUAAACCUUCUGCCUUGGCUGGUAAAUUCAGAAGAUAUAAGCCAAAAUGUUCUGAGUCAAGCUGUAAACUGUGUUUAAGACCAAUCAGAAUGCCUCAUUCCUGAUGCUAAAUCAUAGCUGCUCAGUUUGUUUGUCACAUCUCUACAAUAGGUAAAAUAUUUAAUCCACUGGACAGCAUCUCUUUGUUGGUUUAGCUGCUGCUGUGGUAUAGUUUAGAGAAGAAAUGUUUUCAUUCAGGUAUUAAAAUGGUUAUAUAGCAUCUAAUAUUUCUAUAGAUAUGAUUAGAAAAAGACUAAAACCAAUGAGGCGGAAAUGUGGAAU